UUUGUCAUAGAAAUGCCAGAUGUCCUUUCUAAACUUUUUGGCCUAUUGCAAUUGUGUUAAUCGUGUCCUCCAUGCAGCACCUCUCGUGCGCGGCGUUAUGUCGAUGUGUUGCUAUGCUAUUUGUCAACUACAUGUGCUUUUUAAAACAUAGUACAGGCAAAUUUAUCCCCAGUUAUUCGAUUACAAAUAUUGUCUGAUAUGAUUUUAAAAAUAGUUUCAUUGCAUCGAAACCUGCGCAUUGUUCUUAAGUAAUAGUGAAUAAUAGUAUGUCCCAUUCGAAUGUUAAUGACCUUUUCUUGAUGUCGUUGACCAACAGGUUUCACCGGUGAUGCGCCUUUUUGUCGAGAUCUGGAUGAAGGAAAUGUCUGACCAAUUAUCCCAACUCUUUGCCGACGUGUGUGGAUGGAAAGGUGAACGAGAUAAACAAGCAAAAAGAAGCACAUUGGACACAUCCGGCGGAUUGAAACAGCUCCAGCGGCGACAGAGGAGUUCUUCUCCCUCCUUUGCAAGUGCCCAGGAACUGCCCGAACGGGAAAUCGUCGAACCUCGUCCAAGUGAAGAUGAGAUGUCAGGGGGAAGAAAUGGAAGUAAAAUUGCAUCAUCUUUAUGCUAUCAGAAACGGCGUGAAUUAAUUGCUCUGCUAAAGGUGACGCAUCCUGACCGUCAUGUCUGUUACUGCAGUUUUUGGAGAACCUGUUGAAGCAACUGGACACGCCGACCGAAUAAAAAGAGGACCCCUCGGUGAUGUAGAGACAGGAUUCAACGAGA